UCUAAUUUAAAGUACCCCCACGCACGCACGCACAGGUAACGUUGGGGGUCACGUGAGCAGCUUCCCCGCCCCCCUCCGUAAAAGCCGGCGCUCCCCUCCGCGUGUGCAAACGACGCCACAGCGAGUCGGUUGUGUUCUGUCCUGCGGGGGCCUUUGCGUGGACGACAGCUCGGAACGAGGGGGCGGGGACGCUGCGUUGAGGUUCCAUCCGUGCGUGGCGGACGUCGUCGUGGUGGUCGUUAUUUUUGCGGGUGAGCGACGUCCGUUACAUGAACGCGUUGCCUCUCUGACUUGAGUCCGUUUCCGUCGCCGCUUACGUUGACAGAUAACCGGGCGAAGGGGCCUUCCGAUAUAUCUAAUCACCCCCCCCCCCUUUUCUCUCCAUCGAGAACCUGAAUUGGAUCAAUUUGUAAGCGCGCGUGUGUGUGCGUGCAAAGGGCGGCCGCUAACAAUCUGCUGAGAGCAGAUAACUCCAACAAGGGCCGUUUUUUGUUUGUUUGUUUGUUUGUUUAUUUUUUAAUAUCUACGUCUCUCGUGGUUCUUGUGCCUGCGAAACCAAGAGGAGGGACAAGUUAUGUCCAAGUGAGCUGACGUUUCAUAUCAUAUUUUAUUUAAAGCCCUCAUCUGGACCGGACCCGACCGGAACCGUGGAGGGGUUGGUGACAUGACGCACGUAGACCCCACCCCGACCAAACUGUGAAGCCACACUCCCGCGUCUGUCCCGAGAUGGAGAGGGUGGAGCCAGAGAGCGAGGCGGAGCCGCCCAUGCACAGCGUGCACGGCGCCAACCGGACUCGGCCGUCCUCCUACCGAGCCCUGCGGAGCGCCGUGUCCAGCCUGGCCCGCUUGGACGACUUCGCCUGCGAGAAGAUCGGCGCCGGGUUCUUCUCUGAGGUGUUCAAGGUGCAGCAUCACGUGUCGGGCCAGGUGAUGGCGCUCAAGAUGAACAUCCUGGCCAGUAACCGAGCCAACAUGCUCAGGGAGGUCCAGCUCAUGAACAGACUGUCGCACCCGAACAUCCUCAGGUUUAUUGGCGUGUGCGUCCAUGAGGGGCAACUCCACGCGCUUACUGAGUACAUCAACGGCGGCAACCUGGAGCAGCUGCUGGACAGCGACGUGUACCUGUCGUGGAGCGCGCGGCUCGCCCUGGCGCUGGACAUCGCCCACGGCCUGCGCUACCUGCACGCCAAGGGCAUCUUCCACCGCGACCUCACCUCCAAGAACUGCCUGGUGCGCUGGGAAGGUGGCGUGUGCUCCGCCGUGGUGGGAGACUUUGGUUUGGCGGAGAAAAUACCGGAUUACAGUGAAGAAGCGGACCAGGAACCCUUGGCCGUAGUGGGCUCCCCCUACUGGAUGGCUCCGGAGGUGCUCCGUGGCGAGCUGUACAACGAAAAGGUGGACGUGUUUGCGUACGGCAUAAUCCUGUGUGAAGUCAUUGCAAGGAUACAGGCGGACCCUGACAUUUUACCACGCACCGAGGACUUUGGUCUGCAUGUGGACGCCUUCACGCAGAUGGUCGGCGACUGCCCGGCAAACUUCCUGAAUCUGGCCAUCGUCUGCUGUAAUAUGAGAGCCGAGCAGCGUCCGUCCUUCUCCCAGAUCGCCGCCGACCUCGAGCGGACGGGACGGCAAGAAGACGAGCCGGCGGUCGGGGUGCGGCCCCCGGCUGCCGGCCCCCCGCGGAGGCGCUCCCCGGGCCCGCCGUCGGACCCCCGCCUCUCUCGCAGCAAAUCGGACAUGCUGCGCCUCGCCGCCGAGCCCUCGCCGCCGCCCACGCGGGUCAACCCCUUCUCGUGCCGCGACGACCUCAAAGGAGGCAAGAUCAAACUGUACGACACCCCCAGCAAGUCGGUCAUCUCUCUCACUUUCGCGUUGCCCCCGCCGCCCGACUCCCACCGGGACGAGCCGCCACCCGGGCAGCUUCGGCGCUGCCACUCGCUUCCGUGCUCGCUGCCCCCCUACCUGCCGCCCCACCUGUGUGACUGCGAGAUGCACGGUGGGGGCGACUCAGGGCUCCCCCUGUCUCUCGAACCCCUCUCUCUUGACCAAGAGAAGGGUGAGGCCGUGCCUAUGGACUGCACCAGCUCGCCAGAUACCCUCGACGGCUCCUCUUCAUCGUCUUACUCCAAGCUAUCCUCCCCUCCGACCCAUGCCUCCACCCCCUCGCAACCCUCCUCGGGGCCCUUCGCUAAUGGGUGGCCCCAGCUGCCUCAUUUGGACAACAGCAAAGUGGUCCUGAGCGGACCUAUGGGCUGGAGCGCCGCCCCCGCAGGGAUCAACAACAACGGUUGCCGCUCGCCUCCCAGCGAGCCCGACGCCCAAUCCCUGGACCAGGACGAGGUCCUCACUUGUCCGGGGUGCUGCCUGGCGGGCCUCCGCUUCUCUUCGGUGUGUCUCCGGACGCCGCACAGGAACGCGUACAAAAACCUGAACGGGGACCACGCUGCCUCACGUGGGCUGCUGAGUCCUAAAAGCCUGCCGCCCUCUCCCACACCGGCCGCCGCCCGCCUGGGGCCCAAAUAAAUCAAGCCUGGGUGAAAGCCACCUUAAAAAUUUGCACAGAUUUUAACGCAGCAAUAUACAAUGGAAUGUGGCAUAGGGGUGUGGAGACCUGGUAAACUUCCGGAAAAAAAUAAGCCGUUGAAUUUAGAAAAUAUUCCAAAUUGUAAACUUUCCAUGGGAAUUCAGUGGAAUUUAUUAAAAGUGUCAUAUUCAAGUAUAGAUAUAAACAUUUUGUGAGAAGCAGACAUCCAUGCAAAAAUAGAUUGCUCUCCUUGCCCACAUGCGAGCGCCAUCAUUUUUAUUUUAUUUUACUUUAUUUUUUUCUCUCCCCACAUCGAAUGACGCAGCAUCCGUAGCUUGCUCGUACCUCAAAUUUUGGCUCGCAGCACAAAGCAAAAAACCAACAAACAAAAACAACCUAACGACUGGGGCAGUUGGCAGUCAAGGCGUUUUCCCCAACUAAAUUUAACGUUUCCUUUUGAGACCCGGCCUUAAUUUUUUUCAAAUCCUGGUUUAUCGCCAGAAAUUCCCAUGGAAAGUUUCAAUGAGUCUUGCAGUCUUAUUACAGUGAAAGUCUGAGAAAUUGCCAAUAGAUGCCACAAAAUGGUGGCAAAACCUUACUUUUGUCCAAAUGGAACUCCUCAACUUAUCAACGUAGUUCCUUGACACCAAAAUGGCACAAGAUGGCGCCAUAGUAAAUAGUUUUACUGCUUUGGUGAAUUUGCGCACACCAGACCGCGGACAUGCGGGUUUUACCCCCGAGUCUCGGGGUCUCCUCUUGGGUUUCACUUACCUGGCACCCUCUGCUGGGUUGAGGGUGCCCCUUCCCCGCCCGGCGUGGAUAUGCACCCAACCCGUUACACAGCAUCCAGUCCAGCAUGCAAAGGUCGUCACAUGACUCGAAACCACCGAUUUCCAUGAGGAAUGUUAAGCUUAGUAUUAUUGUUUCAACAAUCCUGUUUUUGGGAUGUUUGGUGCUGUUAAGUCUUAAGUUGUAUGGUGCACCGUGUGUGCGUGCAGAGAGAGAGUGUGUGUGUGUGUGUGUGUUCGUGUGUGCGCGCCUACUGUUUAGGCUAACUUUGUUGCCCUCCAGUCUGUACUGGCACUUGGGGUUGCCACUUAAAGCACUUCAACUGAAUUCCUGCUGUUAUUGAAACGUUCAAGGGAAUGAACGGUCCGAGACCUGCUUACAAGCUGUUCGUAUUCUUAUUUAAUAAUGAAUUAAAAAAAAAAUAUGUAGAAUGCAGAUUCUUGUGUCUGUUGGCCUGUUGUGCUUAUUUCUUCGGAAAUGUUAAUAUGGGUAAAUGUGACCAAUGUGUGUAUGGGAGUAUGGGUGUGUGUUAAAAAAAAAAAAAAAAAAAGUACAACUUUAAAAAAAGGACUCAGGCCAGCAGCAGUAUACAUUUUAAAAAUACAAUAGAUAUAAAAAGCUCUUGCUACACCAAAAAAAAAAAUAUUACUAUACACAUUUGUAAAACAUCCCUUAUGAUACAUGUCCUUUUAAAAGCCUUUUUUUUUUUAAAAGGACAGCACGUUUUUUAAGACCUACUAUGCAUACUUUAAAUAAACAUUUCCAUGCCA